AUGGGCUGGGUUGAUAAGGUCCCUCGGACCGAAGGAGGGGGCUUGUAUAUCGGCGGACUGCAUGCCCUGUACCAGAGGCAAGACCUCUUCCGCCAAUACAAGAUAUCGCACAUCGUCUCAAUGCUAGACUUCGACAUUUACGAGGCAGGUCAUUUCAAAGACUACAAGCAUAUGCACGUGAGAAUCGAUGACGAUCCGAACGAGAACAUGCUAGAGCAUCUCGAAGCCACGAAUGAUUUCAUCGAAAACGCGCUAAGCAACGGUGGUGCAGUCUUCGUGCACUGCGCAAUGGGCAAGUCCAGGAGUGCUACAAUAGUGGUGGCAUAUCUCAUGCGCAAGUAUGGUAAGACGCCGGAUGAGGCACUGUCUCAACUUUGCGAGGGAAGACCGGUUUGCGAGCCCAAUCCCGGCUUUAUGGAGCAACUAGACGUCUAUCACCAGAUGCUGAAAGCAAGAAGCUCGCCAGAAUACCACAAAAUCUACGAUGACUGGCUCAAGAACCGCGAUGGCACGCGCGAUUGGUACACCGAGCACAGACGUCGACAGCACAUGCCAAAACUGUGACACCGGGUGACGCUAAUGCACGCUAGCGGCAUUCAGUUUCAUCUUCAAGGCAUCUAUCAGAUAAAUGAAGAUCGAAGUGAAGCUUGUAAUGGGAUUGUCGAUGCCAGACUUUGGGAAAGCAUUGACACAGAAAGACAUGUGGCCGAGUUUGUCCCAAGCCUCUAGCGCGCAAGCCAGCAUCAUUUGAGUGGGUCCCGUCGAAUUGCACCAAUUCCUACCAAACCGGAACUCGCCAACGGGAGCUUGAU